UAACUGUGAAUGGGAUAGUAGAUACACAAUUUCCGCAAGUUGUGCUUCUUGUUAACGAAAUCGAUGUCCAUGCUAGUCUAACUCAAACGUCUGCAAUCCUUAUAUCUUAUCUGUCUGCCCUUUGUGCCACAGGCUCGUUGGUGGUUACACUAGUCUUUGCUAGACAAGUCAAGGACAGUCAGCGAUACCCUCAGAGACGUUCGACUCGGCUCUUCAAAGCUUCAUGCUUGAGAUACUAUGUUCUUCUGGGCGCCAUACUUUGAUGCUCAGUCUACCAUUUGCAUCCCUGAUUUGGGUGUGCUUCUAAUCAGAUGCGGCCUAUGGACUAUUGCACCGUCAACUUCUCACACGAAACACUCAUCAUUUCAUUUCUGAUUAUACUAAGGUAUAUCGUGCAUUAUUGCCCUUGUUGUCGCUUCGGGUUUGACUCGCAGACGCGUCUACCCUUUACCUCUGCCGCCUGGCCCUCAGCCCUUACCAUUUUUUUGGUAACGCGCUGCGAUUGAAUACUAAAC